AUGCCUGUGGGAUUGGAUGACCCGCGACCGACGGCACUUCAACCUGCAGACAUGAGUUCUCCUACACCUAUCCGAAAGAUUAUCGCGGAUCGCCCGCCACGAUCGAAGCAGCGGGUCUCGGCGACAUGGGCGGAAGAAGAUGGUCCUUCCCCGAACACGCGUGCCUUCAUGCAUUCCAAGCAAUACAUAGAGACGAAGACGAUCACGACUACGACGACUACGCAGCGGACAUUUUCUCCCAUCCAGAUACGAGAACCACAAAUGCUCGACCCCAAAGAAUACCCGCUGGCUCAGCAACCGACGCCCGCGUUUCUGAAAACCUUCAAGUCCACAUAUACGAUUCCCGAUGGAUCUGAAUACAAUAGUCCGAAAUGGUCUUUGGCUGGUGGCACGGGAGCCGAUGGGGGCUCCUCUCAACAUCGACUGGAAGAUAACGACUACACAGAGGAGGCAACAGUCGAAAGUGGGGGGUCUUUUACCCCUUCUUUUAUCAAACGACGCCCGCGGCCCAAAGGAUCUCGACGACCUUGCAGUCGUUUUGAGUCUCACAUCAACAGCCCUUUGCCUAGGCUCAUGGAGCUUCGUCGCGCAUUAGCAAAAGGCCCACACCUUCAACGCCACCCCCGGACGGAUAUUGAUUAUUUGGCCACACCUGACGAGGCGGAAAGGGUUAGCGGUGACUUUGAUGAUGAUGCCCCGCCGCUUCAUCUUCCAAACCCCACGGAAGCCGAGACAAGCCAGUCAACCGCUUAUGAUGAUGCAGAGAGCCAGGCUGGAAGCGAGACCCAGACCGUUUUCAGCGCGGUUGCCACGCCCCCCGUGACGGACGCCGAACAUCAGCCCGUUGCCGAUUAUGAUGAGCCUCUUCAACAAACGGUCAGGGGGCUGCACGCGAGCCACGCCAUUAGUGCAGUAGCUGCACAAGACGCCAGUUUGCCUAGUCCGCGCCUAUCGCCUACGCUUGCUGCGGCUCAGCUACAGCUUGUUCCUUCGGACGAUGAGGGUGCUGAUGACGAGGGAACGGCCUCUGCUCAUGCUUUUGGCCGUGGCGGCCCGGGUCAGUGGCUAGACGAGACUGAAAGAACCGGUGAUGCAGACGCUGAGAUGGUCGACGACUCGCUUGUUCUGUCACCAGCCCAGUAUGAUCCUACCAUCUCCCCGUCUCAGUUCGAGGGAGCCUUUCAGCAGGCGCUGAUGAACCCGGCAUGA